CAGCAUCAUUGCAUGGUUGUUAUCCAGCUGGAAGGCGCGAAUAGAACCUUGUAUUUUACUCAAAAUUUAGAGUUUUCUUAUCGGGAUUCGUGACGAAUCAGGAGGCAUCAUGAGCAAAGUGCAGGGUGGGAUGAAAUGCGUGAAAUAUCUGCUUUUCGUGUUCAACUUCAUCUUCUGGCUGUCAGGCCUGCUGGUUCUGGCCGUGGGACUUUGGCUCCGCUUUGAUCCAGAGACAGUGGAGCUCUUGAAUGGUGAUGGAGCACCAGACACCUUCUUCAUCGCGGUGUACAUCCUCCUUGGGGCCGGAGGGCUAAUGAUGAUCGUCGGGUUCUUCGGUUGUUUUGGGGCCGUACGAGAGUCUCAGUGUCUCCUCGCAUCAUUCUUCGCCUGCCUCCUGAUCAUCUUUGGAGCUGAGAUCGCAGCUGGUGUGUUUGGCUUCAUAAAUAAGGAACAGAUUGUUGAGGAAGUCCAGAAGUUUUACAGCAGCUCCAUUGCUGACCUCUCCAACGCCAACAGCACAGCCAUAGCUCUCCUUUACCACAAAACUCUGAACUGCUGCGGAGGAUCUGUGACAGAAACAUCUGCAGCUCUUUGCUCUGAUACUGCCACAGAGGAAACCCCGAACUGCCUCAUUGCUAUAACAAACUUCUUCAAUGAAAAACUGCACAUCAUCGGGUACAUUGGGAUUGGAAUUGCAGGCGUAAUGAUCAUCGGGAUGGUCUUCAGUAUGGUUCUGUGUUGUGCCAUCAGGAACAACAGGGAGGUUAUAUAGUUGAUAUGUUGACCCCCACCCUCAGAUAACCUCAUGUGUCCCUUCAAAAUCAACCUGUCUACAAGAGAAGGGAAACCAAAGUUACAUUUCACUUUCAUUUCUAGAGUGAGCUGGUGGGGAGUUUCCUAUGAUAUCAUAAAAUAAUUCAUCCGUCCACGGGCCAAAUUCAACACGAUACGCUGGAUCGUCACGUUUUCCUCCACUCUACCAGCGCUGAAAAGUUAACCUUCUGUUCUUUUCCAUAACUCCCUCAGCUAUUGUCACAUGUCUGUUACAUUCCUCCGUUUUAACAUCUUCCUGUGACUCCAACACAACACGUACAUGAAGCCUUCUUAGACACAGGAAUGUUGUGAUUGAGGAGUAUUGCUGUAAAUAUGGACACCUAUGUUAUGCACCUGCUCUUAACAUUAUUUAUCGUUCCCUUUUUUAUGUCAUUUAUAGGCCUUAUGCCGACUUGUGUGCUUAAAUGUUUGGAGGACUAGUCAACCUUUGCAGAGUGAAUUUCCAUGAUGUGCCUACUGUAUAUUUAUUUACACAGAUAAGCCUCCACCUCCAUUUUCCUGGUGAUUUCGAUAUGUACAUAAGAACUGUGCUUGCUCCCAGACACCACUCUUGAGUAUUUCUACUUUAAAGCACAAAACAGGAAGUGUACAUGUAACCCAAAGGGUUAGAAAAAGUCUGAUGAUAAACUGCCGCUCUUUGAAUCUUCAUAUUCACCUAAAAGGUCAAAAGUAACACGAUGAUGUCUUGAGCACUUCUGGAGAGCAUGUGUGAACCGUAACAGUGAGCUAGUUUGCCUUUUUGUGUGAAUUUUUUUGGAUGUACAUUUUGUUGUGUGCCAAUAAGAUGUGAAUUAUAGAAUAAUAUAGUUUAUGUCAUACUGUUAACCUUAAUAAAAACAAA